CUUUAAGCGGGGCAGCGCGGGGCCUGCGGCCGCUGCCCGGAGGCGCCCGGCCGGGGGGCGAAGUCGCUCGUAGGGGUCGAGCCGAGCCGAGAAGCUCCCGCUCGGCGGGCGUCGGGGUGGGGGAUCCGGGACCUGGGUUCCGUCCUGCCGCCCCUCGGGGAGCUCCGAUGAGACUCGCGAGCCGCCGCCGGUGCCGCCCGUGCUGCCGGGGCGGCGGGAGGCGGCCGGCGGGGCCGGGCGGCGGGCCGAGGAUGUGAGUGCCCGCGGGGAGCGGCCGCGCUGAGUGUGGACGACGAGUUCCACCAAGUGAGAAGAGUGAUGACCAUCCUUUUCCUUACUAUGGUUAUCUCAUACUUCAGUUGCAUGAAAGCUGCCCCAAUGAAAGAAGCUAGUGUAAGAGGACAAGGCAGCUUGGCUUACCCAGGUCUUCGGACCCACGGGACUCUUGAGAGCCUAAACGGGCCCAAUGCAGGUUCAAGAGGACUGACAUCGCUGGCAGACACCUUUGAACAUGUGAUAGAGGAGCUGCUAGAUGAAGAUCAGGACAUCCAGCCCAGCGAGGAAAACAAGGAUGCAGACUUGUACACAUCCCGAGUCAUGCUGAGCAGUCAAGUGCCUUUGGAACCCCCGCUGCUCUUCCUGCUCGAGGAGUACAAAAACUACUUGGAUGCUGCAAACAUGUCCAUGAGAGUCCGGCGUCACUCUGACCCAGCUCGGCGUGGGGAACUGAGCGUGUGUGACAGUACGAGCGAGUGGGUGACGGCGGCAGAGAAAAAGACUGCAGUGGACAUGUCUGGUGCGACUGUCACAGUCCUUGAAAAAGUCCCAGUACCCAAAGGCCAACUGAAGCAAUACUUCUAUGAGACCAAAUGCAACCCCAAGGGGUACACAAAGGAGGGCUGCAGGGGCAUAGACAAGAGGCACUGGAACUCCCAGUGCCGAACUACCCAGUCUUACGUGAGAGCUCUCACCAUGGAUAACAAGAAGAGAGUUGGCUGGCGGUUUAUAAGAAUAGACACUUCCUGUGUAUGUACAUUAACCAUUAAAAGGGGAAGAUAGUGGAUUUGUGUUGUAUAGAUUAUAUUGAGACAAAAUUAUCUAUUUGUAUAUAUACAUAACAGGGUAAAUUAUUCAGUAAAAAAAAUAAUUUUAUGGACUGCAUGUAUAACUGAAGUUUAUACAGUACAGUGGUUCCACAAACUAUUUAUUGAACAUAUCCAUGACCUGAAAGGGAACAAAAGUCAUUUGCGCACAACGUAAAAAACAACAAAAAAAAAGCAAACUAAAAAGUCUGCAUUACAUUCCUCGAUAACAUUGUGGUUUGUCGCCGUUGCCAAGAAUUGAAAGUAUAAAAAGUUUAAAAAAUAAAAUUGCAUGCUGCUUCAAUUGUGAAUUGAUGAUACUGUCCUCUUUCAGAAAAAUAAAUUGAACCAAAACAUUCCGUUUACAUUUUAGACAGUAAGUAUCUUUAUUCUUGUUAGUAUUAUAUCUGUUUACUGCUUUUAACUUCUGAUAGCGUUGGAAUUAAAACAAUGUCAAGGUGCUGUUGUCAUAGUUUUACUGUUUCUCUUACUUUUGAGCUCCCAUCAGAUUGAGGAAAAAAAAAGAUAAAAAAUCAUUACCUUAUCCUGGAUUAAAGACCAAUUUGUUUUUUUGUAUGUUGUGAGGUGUUUGCAAUAGCAAUCCAACUAUUGACAAAAAAAAUAAAAUAAAAAAAGGCAACUGAAAAAGAAUGGUGAUGUUCCACUUCACAUUGUUGAACUUCAGGCUUAAAGACAGCACUUAUUUAACUGUCUGACAACAUGCUUUGGUGUUUUGUUUUUUUUUUUUUCAGUCACUGUCUUUUGAGACGUGCAUUUUCUUAUACCAUGUUUGUUUGUGUUUGGUUUCCCCCCAUACCCCUCUGGAAGGAAUUGGAUGGUGAUCUUUGAAAUGUUUCACUUACCAUACAACUGGAGCUUGUCAUGCAGAAACUAUUCUUUAGAAUGUUGAGAGCAAUGAUUGUAAUGUAACAGGAUCCUGGGCUUGGAUCAAAUGUCUUGGUGAAGCACAGCAAGAAUGUCAAUACAAAAGGGUCUGGAAUGAUUACAGCGAAGCAGAGGGAUGUCAUGGGACUAGAUAGCUUAGUUCAGGGAUAAACAACAGUGUUUUGGCUUGACUGCUGCUCUCCAGAUUGUAGUCAGCACUGAAUUUGGUCCUGUGCGUGCUGCCUGAGAGAAACGGCUUUGCCUUGCACGCUGAUACACGUAGUGCAGCCUUCUGCUCCAGAGUGUGUCCUGCAGCCACCGGCCUCAAAGUGCUGGGGGAGAGCACAGUGUGCAAAUGGUUGCGGCAUCUGUGCCGGAGAGACCCCUCUGCAACAGCAGGGGAAUGAGGCAGAAAUUGUCCAAAGAUUCCCUGCCUCUGGUUGAAAGCAAUUAACAUUUAUGUAAAUGCAGCUCUAACUCUCCUGUCAGCCUUAUUCCUUGAAACAAAUUGGCAUUAAAAGUAAACUUGAAGUAAGUGCUAGAGUAGCAGGCUGAACAUCUGCUUUGGUUCUGAUAAACUUAUUUAUCCCUGUGCUGCUGCUCUAGCUACCCUGACAGAAGUAUUACUAAAACGUCAGGUUGUAAGCCUAAGAGUUUGGGCAUAGCACUUGAGCUGGCUACAGUGGGUGGAGAGGCAGAAACAGCUCAUUAGUGAGCUCACUGAAGAUAGAUGUGAUAAUUGUAAUCACUGUAGAUAAACAAAGAGGAAAAUGCUGCAAGAUAUAACUACUGCAGAAGCUGCAAUGGUUAUGCCUUUCUGUUGAAAUUAAUUAAAAUCUGGACUAGGCAAAGUUUAUUUGGAAUAUCAUCCCCCACAAGUAUUACCUAUGAAGAAUACAUCUAAUAUGUUUAUGUCACUCCUAGUAGAAACCAAUUCUGUAGGCCAACAAAGUAAGUGAUUUCCUCUACUUAAGGUAAGAGGACCUCCCUUUGCAAUUUAAUGGACUGUCAAAGUAGAGCCAUUCCAACUGUAAAAUGGAAACUUUCUGAACUUUCUGUAUUGGCUGCAAGUCCACUGGACCAUAAAUGAGAAGACAAGGUUAGGUGACACACUUAAACUUCAAAGUUGAGCCAUUGCCAAUUAAUUGUAGGUAUGUAGGCUCCCACAUAAAAGUCAGACAUGAAGAUCGUAUUGAAAUGCCUCAAAACUUUAGCCAAAGUAUUUUUUUUAUGCAAACUGGACAUUGGAGCAAGGGAGAAUUUCAUUUUGCUGUAGCCAGUACCUGUCUGUGUAUUACCCUUUGCGUUUAAUGACCCAAACAUUACUAAGGCACUAUUCUCCGCAGUGUUUCUAAACUACUGCAGAGAGACGGUGUACUGGUAGCUCCACUGAAAAUUAGGUUUUAUUGUUUAGGAAGGGGAAAGGGUGAUGCUAAUGAGUGAAUACCAAACAGAUCAUGUAGAAUGGAAAAAGAAACGGUGGCUAGGACAUAAUGGUGAUCCUAAUCAGAUACAGGAAUAAAGUAAUUCCAACUUCAAAUAAAAUGUAUUUCUAAAAGAAGUGUUAACACCUAAAUCAUGCCAGAAAUAAAGUUCCUAAUUUCCUGAAGUUAAUGAUGCGUAUAUCUUUAACUCAGUCAUCCUCACCUGGAAUAGGUGAGAGCGUCACUGGUGUUACAGAAUUAAAACAGUUGGAUGGUAGGUCCAAGUUGUGCCAUUAACUUUCUAGACGAGUAAAAUAAAUAGGUCUACUCGUAGAAUAGCUUGGUAUUUAAAGUAACUCAAAAUGAUGGCCUUCAUUAAAAUACAAAAUGAAGAAAAUCUUUUUUUUUUUUUGACCAGGGAAUACAAAUGCUAGUAUAUUAAAGCACGAACAAGUGGCUUCUACUCUGCUCUGUCUUUUGCAGCAAAGCCACCUGAUGAGGUUUCUACUCCUGUUCCCCAUUGCCCGUUCGCUGACUGUGGUGUGGGGAGCCUUGCAGUACAGCAGUCUGUUGGCAGCUGCACGCCAGACCACUGGAAUAAUUCCUUUAAAAUACACCCAAAGGGGUAAAGUGCAGCCCAUGCAGGUGGGGAGAACUAAAGGAUGGAGCCGAGAACUUACAGAACCACGUCUAACUACUUCUAGAGUGUGUUCCCGUAACACGCCACUUAUAUGCCAAUUGAUGCUUUCAACAUCCAUACCGUGAAACUGGCAAUUAAAGGCAGUCCCAUGACUCUCACCUGCCUGACCCGCUACAUACAUGAUCACAGGCUCGGGAGUUUUAGUUAGAGUUGGGGGAUGAUGGCUGGGUGGGGGGUUGGUUUUCGUUCAUGUCACUUAAUUAAAAUCUUGCUGUGGUCUGUUUGUGACAAAGGUAUAUCAUGCAUGUCAGCAGGCCUAGUGCUGUGUUAAAGUAAAGACUUGCAAAUGUAAGUUCAUGUCUGUGGCCUUGUUCUCUACUAUUCACCUUGUGUAACAUAAAUAUUUAUUGUAUAUUUAUAUAAUUUUAUGUUUUUUGGGAAAAACUGAAAUUGGCAUUAAAAUUUAAAAGCAACUGCGUCAUAUUGUAAAUAUAAUUAAGCUAUAUUUAAGUGUACUGAUUAACAUAAUAUAUGUUUAACUAUAGAGUUUUUUAUGUUUUUAAAUAUAUUUUCAAAAUAUAUAUAAAACUUGGGGUUUUUUGGGGGACCAUGUGACUCUUUUCUCUAAUUGUAAAACAAACUUGAGUUUUACUAUAAAGAUGUGUGUUCUU